AUGCUGAGUCGUGCAGUACUACCUCUGACGAGGCCAAACGUCCUCGCCUCUGCCGUCCGCCGAUCGGCCUUGUCGGCGCGGCCCUCACCCUACACUGCGUACAAGCUUUCCCCGGGUAUCCAGCAAAGAGCGAAGUCGACUAAAUCAAACAAGCCAAAAGAGACACCGAAGACUCCUGCUUCCCCUGAAAAGAAUGAGUUUGCUGCAGAGCAACCCGAGUUUGACACAAAAGCUGAGCCUAAGGCCACCGAGUCUUCCGGCACUCCUGAAACAGAAGAGUUUCCCCAGAAGCCUCUACCUGACCUGACACAAGGUAUCCCAUCGACUUUGGCCGCCGAACUAGAGGGUCGUAUGAAGAAGGGCCCAUUGAACCUCACAGAAGAUCCCACCCAGUCAGAACAAUACAGCGAGGAAGGCCGAGGAGGUGGCGAUAUCCCCAAGGGCGGAUAUGAGACAUCUCUCGACCGUCGCAAGGCUCGCAUGGCCAACUUCAUGUACGCCGGUAUGCUACUUGCUGGUGUUGCCGGAAUGGGCUACUUAGGCCGCAACUGGGAAACGGAGGAGGAAGAGCGAUCUCACACCGAGACCCCAUCUGGAUGGGGUCUUGGUCUCUGGUACAAUCGUACGAAGGCCCGUAUGAGUGACCUCACCAGCUACUACAAGGACCCUGCGUUCCCCAAGCUGCUUCCGGACGAGGACUCUGAGAUGCGUCAGCCUUACACCCUGGUGCUCAGUUUGGAGGAUCUCCUUGUUCACAGCGAGUGGAGCCGUGAGCACGGAUGGCGUGUUGCUAAGCGGCCUGGUGUCGAUUACUUCCUCCGCUACCUCAACCAGUACUACGAGCUUGUCCUCUUCACCAGCGUGCCUAGCAUGAUGGCCGAUCAGGUCCUUCGCAAACUUGAUCCUUACCGCAUCAUCCGCUGGCCCUUGUUCCGCGAGGCUACCCGCUACAAGGAUGGAGAGUACAUUAAGGACUUGGAAUACCUGAACCGUGAUCUGUCUAAGGUUAUCCUCAUCGACACCAAGGAAGAGCACGCUCGCCACCAACCCGAGAACGCCAUUAUUCUGGACAAGUGGACUGGUGACCCUAAGGAUAAGACGCUGGUCGCCCUCAUCCCCUUCCUCGAAUACCUCGCUGGCAUGGGUGUCGAGGAUGUGCGUACCGUGCUGAAGUCAUUUGACGGCACUCCCAUCCCCGCCGAAUUCGCCAAGCGCGAGAAGGCGAUGCGCGAGCGCUUCGAGAAGGAACUCGCAGAGGAGCAGAAGAAGAAGCCGUCGCGCGGCAUCGGCAACUUUGCCUCUGCUCUUGGCUUGAAGUCCAACACCACUCUGAACGGUGACCAGACACCCUCGGAGGGCUUGGCCCAAGGCAAGAUGCUUUGGGACCAGAUCCGCGAGCGUGGCCAGAAGAACUACGAGAUGGUUGAGUCUGAGAUCCGCGCGAACGGUGAGAAGUGGCUCGCUGAGAUGGCGGCCGAGGAGGAGAAGGCUCGUCAGGAGCAGAUGCAAAGUAUGAAAGGCUCUUUCACCGGCAUUUUUGGUGCUGGUGGCUCCAAGUAA